AUGUUAAAAUCCAAUGAAAUUCUUACCGAAGAAGAUAAAGUUCCUUCAACAUCUUCUGAUUUUCUUCAUGAUUAUUUACAAAAAGCUGAUUUAUCAACAACAACAAAUCUUAAUCAAUUCAUAAAAGAUCAUCAUAUUUCACGUGAUGAAAAUGAAACAGAAGAAGCAUUUACAAAACGUGUUAAAAAAAUUAAUUAUUUAAAUUUAGCUCAACAAUUAAUUCGUAAUAGUAGUCAAAAUGUUAGUACAACACGUCAGAUAAUUAAAUCUGAAUUACAACCAUCUAAUCAUGAGUCAUUAUCAAAACCUUUAGCACCUCUCAAACGAAUGAAACCUGUUUUUUCACCAGCUGAAGAUCCAGAUUUUGAUGAUGAAUUCGAAUUAGAUGAUACCAAUUCACGAGAUAUUUAUGAUAAAUCAUCUUCAUCAUCAUCAUCAUCGUCCUCAUCAUCUUCAAGUGAGGAUGAAGAUAUUCAACUUCGUCAACAUCGAAUAUUACCAUCUAAGAUUAAUCAUACAUUUGCUAAUGAUAUUAAACAAAAAUUAUCAAAUCUUGCUGCUGAUGUUGUACGAACAUUUGGUACUUCAAAUAUAACCGGAGAUGAUGAUUUAACUAGACCUUUACCAACAAGUACAUCAUUUUCAUCACGAUUAUUUCCCAAUCGAAUUAAAGAAACAAAUAAUCAAACUAAUGAUGAUCUUGUAGGACAAGAUGUAUCUACUCAAAAUAAUACUAAUGAAAUCAAUCAUGAACCUGAUGAUACAGAUUUAUUAUAUACAAACGAAAGUUUAUUACCACAAGUUGAUUGGGAAAAUCUCGAGAAACAACUUAAACAAGCACAAAUUGAACGAGAACGAUACGAUAAGGCUCGAUUAAAUGAUCGUGAUGAAAUUCGACGCAAAUUAGCAGCGGGAAAUGAAUCUGAAGGUGAAAAUGAAGAUUAUUAUACAUCAGAUUAUAUAAAAAAAACAAUGAUCACAACAUCACAUCGACGUCGACAAGGUAAAAAAAAAUGA